AUGAGGGGUCGUGACUACCAGACAGGCGUGAGCUGGGGAAAAUUUCUUAGUGCUGCAACAUCACUGCAGCAACACUGCCAAAUAAAAAAAAAAAAGAAUCUAUUAACAGAUCGACACUCAAUUUCGAUUUUGGCCCAAAGCUCGAGUUUUGCCACAUUACUGUCAAUAUCAAAAAAGGUGGCGCACAAUGCAGAAUUGCGAUUACGAGGUCCACAUCUCUCAACUAUAAGCGGCAUCGCCGAUUAUGUCAUUUGGCAGCCACCACCACAGUUAGCGGUAGCGGCUACACAACUAAUGGCACAGCUAUUAUUGGCUGACCACAAGCACCGGUGCCAAAAGCCAGUGCACAAAAAUAAAUCAAAAAGAAAUCCAGCAAGGUUAUUGUGGGUAUGCGUUCCAGGGGGUUCGGUUACCGUCGGAGUGCGAGGAAUAACUCCGAACUCCGUCUUAGAGUAUCUCCGGCGCCUCAGACACACCACCUAG